ACUAGGAGGAUUCAUGUGCCAAUCUCCGGCCGCCACCGCAGUAUGCAUCCCCGCCGAUCCUCGGUCCGCAGUCGUGUCAAGAAGAAGCCUGGCUAGAGCCAACAGCCUUAAGAAUGCCAAUGCCAAUGGCAACCGUGUGAGGUUGGUGAGCAAUGCUGUGAAGUACUCCAAGCUUCGCAAGUCUCCGAGCGCGGGAACGACGAACGACGUGAAGAAGCCGGUGACACUUAUGCUUUCCUCGCCACCGCCCCCACCGGAGAAUGUCUUCCAUGUGGUGGUUAUGAAGGUGGCGCUUCACUGCCAAGGCUGUGCUAGUAAAGUUAAGAGGCAUCUCACCAAAAUGGAAGGAGUGACGUCAUUCAGCAUAGAUCUAGAGGCCAAGAGAGUGACUGUGAUGGGACAUAUUUCACCGCUGGGUGUCUUGGAGAGUCUUUCUAAGGUGAAAAGGGCUGAGUUGUGGCUGUGACACAGUCUGUGACUGUGAGGGAGAAUAUGAUUGAAAUUACCAAAGUGGACACCAAAAGUUAGAAAUUUGUACGGCACUCAGGAGGAGUUAUGUGUAAAUUUAUCGUUUUGUUGGACAAAUUAGUAAUUUUGUUAUUUAUUGGUGGUCCUAAAUUCUAGUGGGUGGUGAUGUUAAUUGGU